CCACCAGAUGGCGUGGCGUCACAGCCCAUGGGUUACGGCACGGGCGCUCGGUCUUGGAGCAACCGCCGCCGUCGUCGUCGUAUCCGCGGUGCGGCUGCUCCGCCGCCGGCCGCCGCCUCGACCAGCCGCCGCAGCGCUGCCGUCGGACAUCGCCCGGGUCGCCACGACGGCGGAGGUGGCCGCCGCUGUCCGUGCCGAGGGCGUGUGCGUUGUUGAGCGCGUGCUCGACGCGGCGGCGGUGGCGGCGCUGCGAGAGAGGGUUGCGGCGCUCGAGCCGAGGAAGCGGCAGAACCGGAGGGCGAAGCGGUGGGAGCACGUGCACUCGCCGGAGGCGGCCGCGUUCGCAGAGCUUGCCCAGCACCCCUCCAUCGCCGCGGCGGCCAAGGCGCUGCUCGGCCCAAAGCACUACCUCGAGAAGUGCGGGCUGGUGGUGUCGCAUCCUGGCGCGACGGCGCAGCGGUGGCACAUGGACACGCCGCACCUCUUUGCGUGCCGAGAGCACCUGCCGCCGCACUCGCUGUCUGUCUUUGUGCCGCUGUGCGACCUCCGCCCCGCCAACGGGCCCACCGAGUUCCACCUCGCGUCGCACAUCAAGGCCAACCUGGUCCGCCCGCCGAGCCGUGCGGCCGCCUGCUGCCCCGCCGGCUCGUGCGUGCUGUACGACCCGAGGGUGAUGCACCGCGGAGGGGCGAACGAGAGCGAGGGGGAGCGGGCACUCGUCUACCUCACCCUCUCCCGCGUCUGGUACAGAGACACGCUCAACCCGUGACCAAUCGGGGCGGGCCUUUGGCUUUUUGCUCGGCGCGGGCCCAAACGAAACGCCUCUCUUUUGCCGUUCUCGCUCGAGAUCGGUACUGGAGGACGGAGCGCGGGGGUGACGGCCCACAGAGAGGCGAGAGGGACCACACACUCUAUAAUACCGCGUGGUAGCGCGAGUACUAAUGUACAUGUUGUAGUUGUCCGACGCGUGGCGUGGAGUUCCGCGUUCCAUGAAUGAAGUACAUACUCACGAGCGAC